GGUUCGUGCAGGUCGCAAAUUUGGAAAUUGCUAAUUGUUCUUCUUAAAUUAUUGCAAAGCAUGGCGACUCCAGUAAAUCUAAGGAAAACUAGUGAUGAGAUGAAUUUAAUCGAUUCGCUACCCGAGGAGGUACUUUGCAUCGUGUUUGAUAACCUGGAUCUCGACAGCGUGAAAAACGCAUCGCUUGCGUGUAAAAGAUGGCAUAAUAUCAUCUUCCUGAGUAAUUAUGUUGGGAGAUUUGUUUUCUUAAUAUCUGAAAAAAUCAUUCCGCUCGCAGUAGACAUGUGCCGAAAUACCGAUCGUUGCUAUCGCAACCUUCGCUGUAGUGUGCUAGGACAUCACGAUCCUGAAUCCCAAUCGUCGUUGUUUCAAACGUUGUUACAAUCGAUGAACAAUCUUUGCUGGCUGAAAUGUUCCGUUGUAUAUCCAUUUCUAGCCGAUGCAAUACCGAUGAUGCCGCAGCUUCGUUCGCUCACGCUAGGCUGUGACCAUUACGUGGCUUCAGUUGAGGCUUCGGAUUUAUCAAAUUCAAUAACAUCAAUAACAAUUCGAAGCAGUUCAGUGGAGUAUCUAGAGCUGCUAGGCGUAAGUAAGCUCACGAUUGAUAUGCCACAGCUGAAAUCCUUUAGGGGUCCAUUUUCGGUACUUUGUAAUUCGGUCAACAGCACUCAGCUCGAAAACCUGAACCAUCUUACCAUAUCAAAAGAAAAGCAUGACCGUGAGGAAAAAGCUACCCUCGCGAAACUAGCCAUUAUUCGUAAGCUAACGCAUCUAGAGACACUGGAACUGCCAGGGGAAGAAGAAAACGAACUCUUUCUCGCAAUAUGUGAGUCUUGCAUCGCACUAAAGGUUUUGAAGUUUGAAGAAUUUAAAUUUUCGCAUAAAACAGUUUCGACUCAUCUCUCGAAACUCACCAAUCUUCGCCAAUUCAAAUGUUUCAUAGUGAAAAACGAUUCACGCGACUCUGACCUAGAACUAGACUUUUCGUCAUUUAGUAAGCUGCAAAACUUGUUCCUAAGAUUCUCCCUUAUCUUUUUACCAAGUAUUGAAUCUCUAAUUCUUCCAAAGUCGGUCGAAAUUCUCGACAUCACUAUCGAUAUUUUAAAUGGAGAAAAGAUGAUUCAGACCAUCAUUGAUAGUAGUAUGCAGUUGAGAAAACUAACGAUUCACAUCGUAUUUUUCAAGGAUCAACUGACAGUGUAUAAAUUGAUGAAAUUUUUACCGCUUCUGAAGAAUCUGGAAGUACUCGUAUUCUGUUGCUGCGUGUUUCAAAAAUCGGAUUUUCUUAUUCUAGACGCUCCAAUGGAUCGUCUGCGUGAGCUGCAUUUCCACAAUUGCACUAUGUAUACGUCAGAAUUUAUCGGGCUGAAUGAAAAGUUUCCCAAUUUGAAGUACGUCUGUGCUCAUCGCUGUUAAUUACAAAUAGAAUGUAGAUAAACUGGAAUCCGAUUAGAAAUUAGAAUAGUGCGGUGGCGCACACUUAGAAUUGCAUGCGAAAGCAUAGAGAACAGAAAUCGAACAGGAAUCGUUUGAACGGUAAUGAAUCAUUGUAACCAUCGAGUAAAUCGGAAAUAAACAAUUGAA